AAUCAACAACCAUGUGAUAAAUAAUGAUUUAAAUUUAUUUACAAACCUUGUCAAAAUGAUGUAUUUCAAAUGUCACCUAUAUGUAUAUAAAUUUUAAAAAUUCUUGUAAAAAUGGGUAAAAAAUAUUCAGCAACUGAUGAUAAUUCCAAUAGAAAACGAAGUCCAGCCAGAAGAGUCCCGUCGAAAAUUUUUCGCAAUCCGUUCCUGAACUUCAUGAGAGAUUUCCGCAGGUCAGAUAAACAAAAUCUAACAGUAACCGAAUUAAUAAGAAGAGGAGCCCAAAUUUGGCGACAAAUGAGCGAAAAAGACCGCGCUCAUUACAUUGCGAUGUCCAAAAAUGCUCCUAAAACUACAGUUGCUAGAAGACGGCGUCGAAGAAGAAAAGGAAGCCGCAGUAGGAGUAGAACAAAAAGACAUAGAUCACGAUCAUCUCCCAAACAGUGUGAACUAAGCGAUGAGGUAAAUCGAUUGGCCGAAGAUUCAGAGAAGGCUACAAACGAAGAACAAGUCAAAAGCUCUAAGAGUGAUGAAAAAAAUAUAGACAAGGAAGGCGGAUCGCGACUGAGGUUAAAAACUUCCGAUUACGAUGGACUAAGAAGGGAUUAUAUUUGAUACGUUUUGUAAAUUUUAAAAUAAAUUAGUGUUGUCUAAUA